CUAACCUAAAAACCCCUUUCCUGUCUAAUCGCCACACCGAUCAGAUUGUCAGUCGACUUUUAGCUGCAAAACCCGCAUAAAAUGGCUUUCGGAGAUUUGAAAACUGAGAAAGGAGUCCAAGAACUCAACAGCUUCCUUGAAGACAAAAGCUACAUCUCUGGAUACGCUCCCAGCCAGGCCGAUAUUGAUACAUUGAACAAGCUCGCUAAGGCACCAUCCGCGCAAAACGCUCACGCUUUGCGUUGGUACAACCACAUUAAAUCUUUUUCUGCUGAAGAACUUAAACAAUUUGGUGCUGCCCCAGCUUGUCCAUUGAAAGCGGGAGGCACCACCACCGCCCCAGCUAAAGACGAUGACGACGACGAUGUAGAUCUGUUUGGCUCAGACGACGAAGAAGAAAGUGCAGAAGCAGCAAAACUGCGCGAGGAAAGGCUCAAAGCUUACAAUGAGAAGAAGUCCAAGAAACCAGAACUUAUUGCCAAAUCCAGCAUUCUUUUGGAUGUCAAACCUUGGGAUGAUGAAACUGAUAUGAAAGAACUUGAAAAAGCCACCAGAUCUGUUGAGAUGGAUGGCCUUAUCUGGGGUGCCUCAAAACUUGUGCCAGUUGGUUAUGGUAUCAACAAAUUGCAAAUCAUGUGUGUCAUUGAAGAUGCUAAGGUGUCUGUUGAUGAAUUAGUUGAAAAGAUCCAAGAGUUUGAAGAUUUUGUACAAUCUGUUGAUAUUGCUGCUUUUAACAAGAUUUAAUUUUAUUGUAAUAUUGCAAUGAAUUAUAUAUCUAAUUAUAUGUUUUACAUAUUUUA